GGGAGGCGAAAAGGAAAAAAAAAAAAAAAAACCUCGCUGACAGUGAAAUUAGUCCACAUCUUUCCUCCCUCUCUCCCCCCUCCUCCUCUUCCCCUCUCGGUGCUCGGAUGGAGGAGACGCUCCGCACAAUUGAUGCCAGAUACUGAACGCUGCGAUCUGCGUGGAGGAGAAGUUUGACUGCGCAUCGUCUUGUGUGGAAUGGGCGAUGGAAUGUGCUACAGCCUUGCAAUGAAACGUCUGUGGGUCUGUGUCUUGCUUGUGAGCAUCACCUGCCGUCUGAGCCUCUCCCAGGAUGUGACUGGAACGCCCAAAGAGGCCGAAUUAAACGACAACAUCACCAUCUUCACGCGCAUCCUGGACGGACUGCUCGACGGCUAUGACAACAGACUCCGCCCUGGGCUGGGAGAAAAGGUGACAGAGAUCAAAACCAACAUCUUUGUCACGAGCUUCGGUCCGGUCUCUGACACUGAGAUGGAAUACACCAUCGACGUGUUCUUCCGUCAGAGCUGGAAGGAUGAGAGACUUCGCUUCAAAGGCCCGAUGCAGAUGCUCGCCUUGAAUAACCUCCUGGCCAGUAACAUCUGGACUCCGGACACCUUCUUCCUCAACGGGAAGAAAUCCAUCGCGCACAAUAUGACUACACCCAACAAGCUGCUGCGGCUGAAGGAUGACGGGACCCUGCUCUACACCAUGAGACUGACUAUAUCAGCGGAGUGCCCCAUGCAACUGGAGGAUUUCCCGAUGGACGCCCAUGCUUGCCCGCUUAAAUUCGGAAGCUAUGCGUAUCCGGUCUCGGAGGUGGUCUACACGUGGACUCAGGGAGCAGCCAAGUCUGUGGUGGUGGCGGAGGAAGGCUCCCGGCUCAACCAGUAUCACUUGAUUGGUCAGACGGCGGGCACGGAGGACAUCUACACCAGCCGAGGUCAAUACACCGUGAUGAUGGCUCACUUUUACCUGAAGAGGAAGAUCGGCUACUUCGUCAUCCAGACCUACAUGCCUUGCUUCAUGACUGUGAUCCUGUCACAGGUUUCCUUUUGGCUCAACCGCGAGUCUGUGCCAGCACGGACCGUCUUCGGCGUGACCACAGUGCUCACCAUGACCACUCUCAGCAUCAGCGCUCGAAACUCGCUGCCUAAAGUGGCUUACGCAACAGCCAUGGAUUGGUUCAUCGCAGUGUGCUACGCCUUUGUCUUCUCCGCCCUCAUUGAGUUCGCCACAGUUAACUACUUCACCAAGAGGAGCUGGGCCUGGGAUGGCAAAAAGGCGAUGGAGGCCCAACAGCCCAAGAAGAAGGACCCUUUGGCUCUGUCCAAAAAGCCAAACAACACGUGCUCGGCUGGUGUGAAUUACACAACCAACCUCACAAAGGAUGCGUCUAUCUCCACCAUUUCAAACAGCACGGCUGUACAGCUUAAACCCUCUGAAACCAAGGCACCAGACCCCAAAAAGACUUACAACAGCGUGAGCAAGAUUGACAAGAUGUCCAGGAUAGUGUUCCCAGUGCUGUUUGGCACCUUCAACCUGGUCUACUGGGCCACGUAUCUCAAUAGGGAACCAGUGAUCAAAGGAGCUGUGUAAGCUACACGAUCUUUCACCCUCCUGACAACCACUUCAGGAUUUCAUAACUGGAACGCAAUCAAAAUCAAUGCCAAGCACUUAGUCCUCGUAUCAUAGUUGAAGAAUGGGUUUUUUUAGGUCAUUGGAUAACAUUGCAUGCCUGUCGCUUCAGGAAAACAUUGCCAUGUUUGCCUUGAGUUUGUCCGUUUGUGUUAUACAACCUUUUCUUAAAGGUCCCAUAUUAUGCUUAAACUUUUAAUCUGUGUCUACUAGAAAAUAUUUACAUGCGUUAAUGUAAUGUUCAGCGUUCAGUGUUUGUUUUCGCUUACUGUCCAUCGCUGCAGCACCUUUAUUAACCGUCUGUUGAAAGCGCCUGUUUCUUUAAGACCACCCUCGUAAGCCCAGAUUGGUCAGCUCUCACAGGCCUGAGCAGACAAUGCCCACCAUGUUCCCACAUUAGCUCUGUGGGGUGUUUUUUGUAACCACGGUUGUGCCGGUGCCACUGACUGAUCAGUUGAGACAUCACACCUUUACAGAAGUCCUGAAGACUCAUUUAAAGGGACAGUUUCUGAAAAGAGAAUGUGAGCAUUUGAUGGGGUACUUAAAUAGUAUUUAUAUCGCACCUAGACCUUCAAGUUAAUAAAAAAAAAGACAGGAAAUAUAACUUUUAAUAUGGGACCUUUAAAGACAGUUUAAUUUAUCUCAUUUUAGAACUCCAGUCACUGAUCAGUUUCUGCCAACUUCUGAUAUUUUAAAAAAUUUAAGCAUUUGGCAUUAUAUAUAUUUUUCUUGAGUCUACGGUAGGUGAUGGUACAGCAAGGCCAAAUGCUAUGCAAAACAACAUUUUUACUGUGUUAUUACUCAAAAGCGGCUUUUACCUUUCUAACUCUUACUCUUACUUUGUACAAAUGGGCUGGAGGUCCAGGUUUUGCGCGGCUGGGCCCAGGCACAUGGGACUUUGCUUCCUUGUUACAAGCAGAUGAAUAGCCAUGCUAAAUGUGUUGCCUUCAGAGUGUGAUAACUCAUUAUGAAUGCACUGAAAUCUCCUGCAGUUACUUUUUCAGAAGCCAUUAAAUCAUCUCCUCCUUUCUUUUUGUUUUUUUUUUGUGCUUGUUUUCUGAAUGGCCAGUUGCCCCAUAUACUAAUUCUUCUGUUUUUUAAAUGGGGACAGAUUUAAAGCUUAAGUGAUAGUGGCAGCUUCUGUUUCCAGGUCACCAUGUCGAGAAUCCUGUAUGUAUGUAUGUAUGUAGUUUAAGGAAUAUGUAUAUAUGCCCUGCUUUUAGAAAAGCACCACUAAGCCGGUAUGGUUAGCUUCUAUGUUAUGCAUAUACAGCAACACAGUGUUACUCUAGUCUAGUGCUUCAUUGACCGGAUAUUGAGAAAUUAGCAAAAUAGCUUGAGCUUUAGCAAUUUUGACAGAACAUACAAUGCUCUCUUUAAAAAAACAAUUUUUUUUUAAAAAAUAUCAGUUUGUCGUUUCUAUUAGCUUUGAUGACUCCUUGCAAAUAUUCUUGAUAAAUAUUUGUAUGCUUUGAGUAGGAUCACUUAUUUUGUCAUAAUUUAGAGUAACUGCUGUACUGAAGACUUUGACUUGAGCUUAUCAGGCUAUCAGGCCACAAUGACUGGGUUAUUGUAUUUUGACCAUUCUUGACUACAUGAUGCGUUAUUUUUUAUAGUUUCAGGCAAAAAAAAACACAAGAUAAGCAUUAAUGUAAACUUGUCAGUAAUGUUGGAAUGUUAUUGUAAAGGGGUCGUUUGAAAUAAGGAUUCACUUUCUUGCAGGUAGUGAGUUGAGACGAUGGAAAACACUCAUGUCUGUCAGUGAAUUUGAAGCUUAGCUUAGCACAAAGUGGGGAAACUCUGUCAAUUUAGAAAAUGUACUUAUUUGCUUCUUUGACAAAUCUUAGAUUAGAUGAUUACAUGUCUGUUCAGUAAAUAUGGAGGUCCAGCCAGAGAGUUAGCUUAGCCUCUCAUGAAGACUGGAAUCAGGUACAAAGCUAGCCCAGGAAAGAAACGCACCUAUUAGCUCCUUAACUAAGGUUAAUUAGGUAGCUCAUAAACACCUUGUAUCUUGUUUAUAAAAUAGAUACACACAUUUAAUGAUGACAACAUUUCACUCCUACUUUUACAUUCAUAAGAGAAAAUGAUGAACCAACAGAGUGAAGGACAAAAUUUGAUUUAAAAAACACAGGGAAAAAGGUUGUAAAAAGACAAAAACAGGUAACAUGAGGAGAAACUUUCAACAUAAAACAGGAAAAAACUGAACUGUAACCCAACAUCAUGACAGUAAAUUGGCAAGUUUUGUCAUUUGUAUUGACAUUAUACUUCUGGAAAAAAAACAUUUCCUGAGCCAGGUGAGGGGAAGAGGAAGAGGAGACCAAAGGUAGCAAGCAAACUCCCACUACACUACCUUCCUUGAAAACAAACAUUUAUGUGGAACAUUUCGGUACAAGACCUUUGAUUGAUGAAGGUCUCGUACCGAAACGUAGAAAGUUAGACACCAGUGCAGGGGUUUACUUGAAACUCUAACUUGCCUUCAGCUGGUACAAUAGGCAGCUGAAUGUUACUGCACCUAGCCGCUGCUCCCAGUCUUCAUGCUAAGCUAGGCUAACUGUCUCAUGACAUCCGGCUUCAUAUUUAUGUGAGUAGCAUCGAUCUUCUCUCAGCAACGUAGCUAAUAAGGAUAUUCAAAGCAAGGUUGUUUUUAAAGUCACCUUAUGACACACAGAAAGUCCAUCUUUUUACCUGAUACUCACCGAAGACGGCUGCAUGCACGACACUCACCUCAGCAGAGUAAGUUCUUUGCGGUCUUCACAGAUCUCACAUGAAGGGACACGUAGAAUCUGAGCCUGUUGUGUGUUUGGGUGAAGGAAUUAAAAUAUGAAUGUGAUCUACUCAUGCCCUCUAUUGAAUACGUUCAUGGAGCACACCGGUUGUAUUGUAUUAUUACAUUUAAGUGAAUUUUAGCUACAGGCUGUUCUUUAAGUGCAAAUAUCUCAAGCAAUAAAUAAUGCUCGUAUGAAUAAUGACUUCUGUUGAUAGUAAUAUGUGAUCCUUUGACCUUUGACCUUCAUGUCUUUUUAUCCGAAAUUCGAUCAUUUUGGCAAUAGUCUUUUUCUAUAUAUGGCUGUACUCUGAUUCUUUUUAGCUCCCUCUUUGUAAGCACAGUGCUCUCUGACCAUGUUUAACGAAUUAUUCGAAUUUAAUUCAAAGGGGCUCUAUGUAGCUUUGGAGAAGAAAUUCAGACUCUUCUGUAAGACAGUAAAUAUUAAUCUCUUCUGUUGCAGAAUAAACAAACUGUUCAUGGAGGAAAAUAAGGUAGAAAGGAGGCAGGGUCCGCCAAAUAUUUUAAAAAAGCAGAAUAGUAUGAAGUUGUGUUGUCUUUUAUGGUCAGUUUGUUAAUUCAGCUUAUUCAGUCUUGAAAAAUGAAGAGUUUAUUUAUUUUGUUUCUGCAUAAACUUCUUAAAAAUUAUCUCUGAAAACUACAUAAUGCCCCUUUAAAACUGUCUUGUUUUUGUCUGUUUUGUUUUUUGUUUUUUUUUUGUAAAAAGACCUGUGCAGAUGAGGCCAUUACUGGGCCAGUAUUGAAACCAUUUUUUCUUUCUUAAUUGUUAUGCAGAUUUCAAAUAAAGCUUCACUGACUCCA